AUGACAAUUCUAGGUACCGCGGUGGGGAUGGCUUUCUAUUUCCUUCAUGCUGUAUCUGGAGAAAGUGGCUAUGCACAGAACGGAGACUUGGAGGAUGCUGAACCAGAUGACUACUCAUUCUCGUGCUAUAGUCAGUUGGAAGUGAAUGGGUCCCAUUAUCACUCGUUGACCUGUGCCUUUGAUGACCCAGAUGUCAACAGCACCAACCUGGAACUAACAAUAUGUGGUGCCCUCCUGAAUGCAAAAUGCCUGAAUUUGAACAAACUACAAAACACGUAUUUCAUCAAGACAAUGGCCUUUUUACUGAUUGGAGAAAGCACAAUAUGUGUAAAGCUUGGACAGAAAAGCAUAACUUGCAAAAAAAUGAAAAUAGUCAAGAUAGUUAAGCCAGAGGCUCCUUUUGACUUAAGAGUCACCUACCGUGAAGAAGCCAAUGAUUUUAUAGUGACUUUUAACACAUCGCACUCACAAAAGAGCUAUGCCAAAACGUUACUGCAUGAGGUAGUCUACCGCCAGGAAAAAACUGGAAACGACUGGAGGCAUGUGAAUUUAUCCAGUACAAUGCUGCCACUCCUGCAGAGAAAGCUACAACGGGACACAAUGUAUGAAGUGAAAGCCCGAUCUAUCCCCGACGGGGGCUACUUUGAAGGCUUUUGGAGCGCGUGGAGUCCCAGUUCUCACUUCAGAACUCCAGACACCAGUGGCACAAGGGAGUUGGAUCCUGUUUUGCUCACGAUUAGGCUUCUGAGUUCCUUCACCAUGUCCCUGUUUGUCAUCGUGACCUGUGUAAUGUGGAGGAAAAGAAUUAAGUCUGUUUUAUGGCCCAAACUCCCUGAUCAUAAGAAGACUCUGGAACAACUGUGUAAGAAACCAAAAAAGCAUUUAAAUGUGAGUUUCAAUCCUGAGUGUUUCCUGGACUGUCAGAUUCAUAAGGUGGAUGGCAUUCUAGCCAGAGAUGAAGCGGAAGGCUUUCUGCAGAGUGAUUUUCCUCCACCACUUGCGGAGACUGAGAAGCAGAAGCUUACAGGAGGAAUGCAAGGCCCCAGCUGGCCCUUGGAUCGCACAGUCCUUGUCCCAGAAACUUCCAGGGAAGAUUCACCCUUCAGAUGCCUGCCUGGGAACUUCAACACUUGUAACCUCCCUGAGCUCCCUUCCACCCGAUCCCCCAACUUCCGGAAUGGUGGCAAGAAUGGGCCCUGUGUGUACCAGGAUCUGUUGCUGAGCCCUGGAACUACCAACAGUGCCCUGCCUCCUCUGUUCCCUCUCAUGUUGAACCCAGGUCCCCAGGGACAGCACCUGCUCACUUCUCUGAGAUCAAGUCAAGAAGAAGCAUAUGUUACCAUGUCCAGCUUCUAUCAAAAUCAGUGAAUUGUAAGAAAUCCAAGACCGGAAGCAUGGUGACCAACAAAGAUGGGUGAGAGAGAGGCCGUCAAAAGGAGUCAGUGAUUGCCUUCUGCAUGUAUCUCGUGGUCCUCUUUUCACGUUACUUCCUCUGCCAUCUCGUUGUCAUGUAUUCGUAAUCAUCAUGCCGACAUAUUCUCUUACAAACUGUUAAGAAGCUAUCACUUUGGGGGAUGUAUUUACAGAGGCAAAUGAAGCAAGUCAGAGUCAGGAGACCUACAUGGAGAUGCCUGCUUCUGAGACACGAACUCUGGAGGCAAUAAUGUAUCUUAACUUCUUAUCCUUCUAGAUUGUCAACCCCAACAAGAAUGCUGCCAAAAUGAUUUGACAAAAUACCAGCUCCGUACCCUUCAAGAGUGUCAGAUUCACCAAAGAUAAGGAAAGACAGAAAAGCGAUUAGAGGCCUCAGGAGACUCAGAGACACGAUGAUUCCAUACAGUGGGCGAUGCUAGGUAGGAUCUAAGAAUCUGAUGACAUUUGAAGGUGUCAUCAGUUUAAUUGAUAGGGUUGUAUCUGUGUUAUUUUCUUGGGCUUAAUUACUACACUAUGGGUUAUAUUUUAGGGUCGGGGUAUAUGGGUACCUUUUGAGAAAUUUUUUUCCAAAUCUAAAAUUAGUUUAAAAUAAAAGGAGAAGAAGUGGCUGCGAAAGGCUGUCAAGAUCUCCUUGUCUCGCCGGCAGCUCAAAGAUUCUAAAACAUGACUGUGGCCAGUCCUUGGCUCAGGAGCACCCCCACAUGAGACAAGGGCAUCCUGCCUUUUCGGUGUCGAUGUGGUCUCAAAAUUUCAGACCACCCAAAUGAUGUGAUCAUGUUACGUAUGAAGGAAAAAAUAAACCCUGAAAAUAAUGAGAGAGACAGUAGAGGAAAGCAGAAAGGGGAAAGAAGACAAAGAGUGAGAAAGAGAAGAAAGAAGGAAGGGAGGAUAAGAGUCAUAGGUACCACCUCUGAGGCCUGCUCUCCACCGAGUGCCCCAGAGUGCCACACGGAUCGCACUAGACAUCUUGUCUCACCUCAGUCUCAGAACAAGUCUGGGAGGUGGGUGCCAUUGUUGUUCUUUGUCCUCAUUCAAAAGAAUGAAGUCGCUUGUCCAAGGUGCCCACUCAGCAGGGAGGGAAGCCAAGCUCUGAGGUCUGAGAGCCUGAUUGCGGUGUCGUCUGAGUCCUGCGCUUGACUAGGAACGUCCCAUUCUUGGCAACCCCUUCUCAUCAAAGGAUAACUCAAUGGUGAACUGUCCAACUCAAAGCACUUUUGAAAGUGAAAAGAGAAGCUAUAGAUAACCUCUCCAGGACAACAGAACCAGGGUUGUUCCAGACAUAGGGCUACCCAAGCAACUGAGCAAAGGGAAAAAAUAAUAGUAAUACUAGAAGUGCUUUCAUGGUGUGCGAAGUGCCAUGACCAGCCUAUGUCGAUAGAAGAUGAAGAAGUCGGGGAACAACUACAAAGCCCAUUCGUUUUGUUUUUCAGAAACAACGCUCCUUCAGCGUUAGAAACCCAGACUGUCCAUUGCUCUUUAUCAAGCCCUGAAAACUCUGGCUACUUGCCUCCAUCCCCCAAAUCUGCAUCUAUUGGCCUCAGAGGAACCUGUUGCUGAUGUUGGACACCUGACUCAGGGAAUGACCCUCUCUUUAUGUGCACGGACUUCUCCAAUCCAGAUUCAUUCACAAAUACUUCCAACUUCUUCAACCUUAGACAGUCCACAAAUUUCGCAGAGGACUUGCAGGCAUGCAGCGAGUGAGCAGACUGUGGCUGUAUUUUUGAAGAUUGAUGGCAUUAACAUUGGUCAUUUGUCCCUUUGCCUAGCAACUAUCUGCAAUCACUGGAACCCUGGGUUGCAUAUUGGAUUGCUAAUUGUGAGGUUGGCAGUUUGAGACCUCUAGCUGCUUCUUGAGGAAAGAUGAGGCUCUCUACUCCUGUAAAUAUUUAUAUUACCAGUAACCCACAGGAACAGUUCUACUCUGUCCACUAUGGUCCCCAUGGCCAACAAGCAGCAGUGAGUUUAUUUUUUUUGAAUCAAGGCACUUCACAACAAUAAUCUUCUAUCAAGGGAGUUCCUGUGGGUGCAGACAGCAACCUCAGCUGCUAAUCAAAAGGUUGGAGGUUCAAGUCCACCCAGAGACACCUCAGAGGAAAAGUCUGCUUAUUUUCUUCAGAAAAAUCAACUGCUGAAAUCCUAUAAGGUGCAGUUCUAUUGUGACACACAUGGGGUCCCCAUGAAUCAGUAUCUACUCAAUAGGGAAUACUGUUUUUCUUUCUUUUUUAUUUUUUUAAUCUCCAACCAUAUCAAGGUAAUUGAGCAAUUUCAGAUCAGGUAGUACAGCUAAUCCCUCUCCCACCGCUGCCCCUCCCCCAGGGGCCACAUGAACCAGACAUGGCAGAGUGUAGUAUGGAAAGAUGUAUAUAGGCCUAGGCCCUAGGGUGUUGUUAGAUGCUUGGUGUUGUUUAAUUUUUUAAAAAUUUUUCUUUGUUCUGUUUUUAGGGCUUGGAGCCAUUAUUUUUAUUGGUUUGGUUUGGUUUGAUGGUGUCUUUGAAGGGAGUUUUAAAUGGUGGAUUGAUGGGCUUUCCAUGUUGACUUAGAUGCCUAGUAAUAAUUAGACCAUCUUGUUCUUUGGUAAGCUCUGGUAACACAAUGAUUAAGCAUCCAUCUACAAGCCAAGAGGUGGAAGGUUUCAAUCCGCCCACUAACUCUUUGAGAGAAAGCAUGAACAAUCUGUUUCAUAAAGAUUACACCCUAGAAAACUCCAUGGGCCACUUGCACUCUGAAUGUCAGAGAACUUCCUUAACAAGCAUUUAUAGAAAGCCUGCGAUAUGCCAACCAUAGUGUUAGGCACAGGAAAUCUAAAUGCAAAUACAAUUGGGACCCUGAAAGUAGAAAAUUUAGCAAAUGGGACAGAUGUGCAGAAAAAUUAUUCCACUAAUAUGGAAUGCUAUAAUGAAAGUGUGUUUUAAAUGUGUUGCUGGAGGACGGCUGGGUAUUUGCACAGAGGAGAAGUAGAGUCAGCCUGGUGUGACCAGGUGGCAUGUGUUCUACAGGUAGGAAUGGGAAGCAAGUCUCAAAGAGGAAGGUGCAUAAACCCAUGACCAAACUGGGUUAGUUUAUUUUAUCUUCACAUAAAGCUGAAGUGUUUUUUAUUUUGAUUCAUGAGAAAAUUGGGGCACAGAGAAAGCAGGUAACUUACUCAACCACACCUGGACACCAUAGGUUUUUAUGCCUGGCAUAAGUAGACAAUCUCUAGAGGAAAUGAGAACAUAAGUCUAGAGGAGCUAUAAAAUCCUGUUUUGGUGGUUUUUAAACCAAGAUUAGCACUUGCAUUUAGUGUGUGAGUGUCUGUCAUACAUUUAAAAUCCAUGUAUUAUAUUCUUAUCAUAAUAAUUGCUGCUAUUGCUUGAUUAUAUACCAGGAACAAUGGAUCACAAAAGAUUACUAAUUGGUUCUCGCCAAUCCCCCUUUAGGUUUUAUUAAGGCAAACUCUUGGUCAGAGUUGAUGUAUAAGUCUGUGAUAUGAACUGCCAAUCCUUUACAUGAAUUAAAUGAAGACUCUUGAACUGGUUAAUUACACAACUAGGUUUGGAUCUAGGAGGCUUGAAACUUAUUCGGGUUGGUUUUCCACCAAAUUCUGCCUAUCUCUCCCAUCUGGUUUCCUGAGGAAUCUGCAGCCAGAAAACUGAGUAUGGGCUUGUUUUUGAUGUGCAUACUUUUAUUUUCUUGGUUGUUCUAGAGGAUUUCAAGACUUAUACCUUGCCAAGAAGGUAGAGUGUGGGAUGGGGCUCCUGGAAAUGGUGUGGUUCUGAUGGCAUUGCUACCAACUCAGUGUUUUGUUUUGGGGAGGGUUGGAGGCGGAACGUAGUCUUAAAACUAUCCAUCAUUCACUACAGUAAAAGUCUCUGAUUUGACUGUAUACAUUCCACGUGCAUUACAAACAUUUUUGCCGAGCUGCUAAGUGUGUGAGUAUCCAAUGUGUGUGUUAUCGUCACAUUUAAUUAAAUGGCAUAGAACCCUU